CAGUUGCUGGAACUGGGCGUGCUCACGUGAAUUGAGCAUGCUCUCUAUUGCCGAGGUACGGAUGUCGAACAGGGAACAUCGAUAGAUUCGGGCAAGCCAUGGAGGGCAGAAGCAAGCGCCGGAGCUGCUGUGCAAUCGUCCGAUUUCCACUGCUGCUGAGUCUCACCCUCGGGCUAGCCCUGCCACUUGCCCAGGGCCGGAGCCUCCGUUUUGUUACCUUGUUAUAUCGCCAUGGAGAUCGGUCCCCAGUGAAGGCAUACCCUCGAGAUCCCUAUCAGGAAAGUGCCUGGCCACAGGGGUUUGGACAGCUUUCUCAGGAAGGGAUGCAGCAACAUUGGGACCUGGGCCAAGCUCUUCGAAGACGUUAUGAUGGGUUCCUCAAUGCUUCCUACAAUAGGCAGGAGAUCUUCAUCCGCAGCACAGAUUUUGAUCGGACCCUGAUGAGUGCUGAGGCUAAUCUGGCAGCACUGUAUCCCCCCAAAGGGCAGCAGGUGUUUAAUCCCAAUGUUUCUUGGCAACCCAUCCCUGUCCAUACAGUACCUGAUUCUGUAGAGCAGCUCCUGAAGUUUCCAUUAUCCCAUUGUCCCCGUUAUGAACAAUUGCAGAAUGAGACCCGGCAGACAGCAGAGUAUAUAAAUAAAACCACCCAGAAUAUGCAAUUCCUGAAGAUGGUGGCAAACAUGACAGGUAUCCAGGAAAUUUCCCUUGAGUCUGUCUGGAGCAUAUAUGACACACUCUUCUGUGAGAACACACACAAACUGCCACUUCCAAAGUGGGCAACUCCUGCUGUGAUGACUCGGCUAAAGGAGUUGAAAGAUUUUGGCUAUGAAUUUAUUUUUGGGCUUCACAAACGGGUAGACAAAGCUCGUCUGCAGGGUGGGGUGCUUUUGUCUCAAAUAAGAACACGCCUUAUACGUGCUACAAACACCUCUGUACCCCAGCGCUUUAAAAUGCUUAUGUAUUCAGCACAUGAUACCACUCUUGUGGCACUGCAGAUGGCUCUGGAUGUUUACAAUGGGAAGCAACCACCCUAUGCCUCAUGUCAAAUCUUUGAGCUGUACCAAGAGGAUGACGGUAAUUUUUCUGUGGAGAUGUCCUUUCGGAAUGAGAGCGGAAAAGAGCCUUACCCACUACAGCUGCCUCACUGUGAACAGCGGUGCCCUCUGCUGAAAUUUCUGCAACUCACAGAGCCUGUUAUUUCACAAGACUGGGAAAAGGAAUGCCAGAUAUCAAGCAUUAUGAAAGAUACAGAAAUUAUUAUUGUUUUGGCUGUCUGUGGAUCUAUCCUCUUUCUGCUUACCGUCCUGCUCCUGUUAGUCCUCUUCCGUACCAAGUCCAAGCCUCCUGGCUACCGGCAUGUUUCUGAUGAAGGAGAGGAACAACCUUGACAAUUGCUACAGCCCCUCUUGAGGCAGAAAGAGGGAGAAGUGCUGACCUCAGAUACAAGAAGGGCUUCUUUUAGUGACUAAGUAUCUUGUUUUUGUUCUGAUAGUUGCUUCCAAGCCAAAAGCCCAGAUGGAAGUUGGAGCUUUUGUGACUAUCAAACGUAGUCUAACCUACCAAUUGCAUAAUGCAGUUAAGUACUGCAAUAGAAAAGCCAGUGUGAUUUGAGGUUCCAUCUGUCAAGAUGCAAGCAGUUCCAUCAAGGACACAGACUUCUUUCUGUUGAUCCCAAUAUGCUGCCUGCAGUCUCCAGAACUGGUGCAGAACUCUGAAUGGACAAAUCUUCCAACUGGAGCCUGCUGCUUCUGUUCCUCAGAAAGCUUUGUUUACACCAGUAGUUGCUCCUUGUACCUCUUUUCCUAACUGUGAGGAGAGGGGCCCGAUGCUAGACCAGCAAUAACUGACUUUUCCAGCCAAGUCAGUAACUAGGAAUCAAACCACUGUGUCCCUUGUAGAACAAAGUAGAGUACUUUGCUCUCUUAGUCUUUAGAACCCUAUAUAGGGAGAAGGGACUAGACCAAAGGUUCCCUCCCACUUGUCCACUCUAGAACACACAGGGAAGAAAUAGGUUUCUCAACUACACUCAGCCCACUUUCUAUUUGUCACAGGCUACAGAAAUGGGGAAAAAAUGGAACACAUGUUUUUAUUCUAAUACCUCAUUACUUUCAGCUUCAGCAUCUUUUUAGAAAAACAGUACAGCUUUAUGUUUAAGUGAGAUCACUUAUGGGACAGUGAUCUCACACUUGUAUGAAGGUUUCGCUAUUGAAUUUAGCUGUACUGUAUUUAUCAAAUCCAGUACUAGUUUUUUUCAAAACUCAUGUGAUGUUAGAAAUGUGGGGGUCAUCAUGAAUUCAGAGUCCUCUUCCUUUUUGAUAAAUACAGGUUGUAAAUGUAAGGGAGGAGAGCUGGUCUUGUGGUAGCAAGCAUGGAUUGUCUCCUUUGCUAAGCAGGGUCCACCCUGGUUGCAUUUGAAUGGGAGACAUGUGGGAGCAUUAAAAUAUUUCCCCUCAGGUGAUGAGGUUGCUCUGGGAAGAGCAUCUACAUGCUUGCAUGCAGAUGUUUCCAAGUUCCCUCCCUGGCCUCUCCCAGAUAGGGCUGAGAGAGACUCCUGCCUGCAACCUUGGAGAAGCUGCUGCCAGUCUGUGUAGAUGGACCAAAUGCUGGACUUGGUAUAAGGCUUGGUAUCCUAUGUUCCUAAGCUCUGUUUUCAAGGGGCUCAUCUUAAAUUCAGAGUCAUCUUCUAUUCAGGUAAAUAUGGUAUAUUUCGGCUAGUGAUCUUUCAGAAUCAUUCUUAAACUAUUGUGUACCAUAGGUAUAUUCUUAAUCUGCGAAGGUUAAGAAUAUACAUAUUCUUUAAAAAAAACUUUAAAAGGAACACAUGCAAGUUUUAGUUUUUACUAUUAAAGAGAAAAACUUAUGUGGACGUUGUUAUGUCCACCAGCAGCUGUCAUCCUGAACUUGGUCACUCAAGAGACAGUGACCAUAACUGUAGCGUCUGUCUGACAAUCCCAAAUCCAUGGUGUAUGUACCUCAUAUUUAUAAAUACAGGCGGCUUAUUGCACAGUAAAGAGCCCAUAGCAGAAAUAUUUGUUUCUGAUGCCACAUGCUUAAUCUUCAUUAAGAACCAGCUUCUGUAGGUGAACUCAGCAGUUCAGAAGUUGGGCAAGUAGCCUAUAACCUAUAAAACACAGUCCCCUGCCUAUCUCUGUGUCCAGUCUCCAAAAUAUCUCUUAUGUUAAAGGGAUAUUUUGUGGCUGGUAUUAGCACCACAGAGCUUCUCUUGGCCCAUAGCUGUUGAUGUUUUCCUUCAGCUCCAUUUUUCCAUGGCCCUCAACUUACUGACAGUAUUCUUUACUCCAAGUCACUCCCUCCCUCCUUCUCAGGAAGCAAAAUAUUCUGUUGAACCACUAUUUUGUCAUGCAGGAAAUACAGCACCCUCUGAGCUGAAAAGAUGCAAGCAUCCUUAGCCAGGCUACAUGUGCACCAGGGAUAUAUUUUCAGCACCAGGGCUGAACCCAGAGAGUAGUAUCUCCUUUCCCUCCUCAAAAGACGUCCACUCCAGAGUGACCCAACCCUGGCAGCUGAAUUUGUUUAAGCCAAAAAUUUCUAAGGAAUGGCAGGAGCUGCUCAACAAGGACUUUUUAUCUUGUAGACAAAGAGGAGAUUUUAAAAUGGUGCUGACACACACAACCCUCUUUUUUCUUCUUCCCCUGGCUCAAUGGUUCCCUACUUGGGGUCCCCAGGAAUCACUGAACAACUACUUUCAUCCCCAGCCACAAUGGCCCAAAGCCAGGUUCGGAACCCCUACCCUAGCUAAUCAGACUAUGGGAAGGUGCUACAGCAUUCAUACACAUACACACACUUACUUCACAGUGAGGUUUCAUCACACACUACAAGUACACCAGUAGGACUAGGUGGCAAAUUAACCGGUGGGGGAUGGCCUUUAAAGGGUGUCUGCUUUGGUACACAUGGAAGAAAACAGGUUUUUGUUGUUUAUGUUUCAUCUCUCUCAAUGAUGAUUCUGUAAUUUACUUGGAUCAUUUCCUUAGGGGCUUCACACACACCCCCUUAUUAAAAUCAAGAUGGGACCAGA